AGAAGAGAGACAACAAUGGCGCUCAAGAACUUACUUUCCCUUAUGGUUCUUCUUGGCGUUGUUGGAGUUUCCGUUGCAAGACCAUAUGAUAACCCAUUUAGGAACUCACAAAGUAACCCACAAAGUAACCCAGGUACGAUGGGUAAUCUUGACCUCGACUACUACCGCUAUAAGUGUCCGCAAAUGGAAGACAUUGUCCGUCGUGUUACAAUUCAAUAUGUCUCUCCCAAGCCAACUCUUGCUGCUGCGCUUCUGAGGAUGCAUUUUCAUGAUUGUUUUGUCAGAGGAUGUGAUGGUUCCAUUCUUCUUAAAUCACCAAACAAUGAUGCGGAAAGAGAUGCUCCCCCCAACUUGACAUUGAAAGGCUACGAAGUGGUCGAUGCUGUCAAGUCAGCGCUCGAGCUAGAGUGUCCUGGUGUUGUUUCUUGCGCUGAUGUUCUUGCCUUGGUCGCUAGAGAUUCCGUUUUAGUGAUAAGAGGACCAUGGUGGCCUGUUCCAUUAGGGCGGAGGGACGGACGCAUCUCGAGAAUUUCUGAGGCUAACUUACCAUCUCCUUUUGCCGACGUAAAUACACUGAAGAAGAACUUCACCGACAAGGGUCUUAACACUAAAGACCUAGUCGUCCUCUCAGGGGCUCAUACCAUUGGUGUAUCUUCUUGCGGUCUCAUCAGCAGUCGUAUCCACAACUUCACGGGCAGAGGCGAUUUUGACCCAGCGAUGAACCCUAACUACGUUAAAGAAUUGAAGAGUCGGUGUCAGCCAAAAGAUGUCAAGACCAUAGUGGAUAUGGACCCAGGCAGUGUCGAUAAGUUCGACUCUCACUACUUCGACGCUGUGGAUCAGAGGAAGGGUUUGUUCAUAUCUGAUUCAGCACUUCUCAAUGACUGGGAGACCAAGUUAUACAUUAAGACGCAGGUGUGGACCGGUGGGGCUUCCUUCAACAGGGAUUUUGCAGAGUCAAUGGUUAAGCUCGGUUUCAUCGGGAUUCUUACCGGGGAUCAGGGUGAGGUCAGGAGCAGAUGCGAUCUUGUUAAGUAAUUUGGAAGUUUCUGUUUUUCUCAUAUGAUUGAAACCCUUAAAAGCUUUCUUCUUUAUUAUUCUGUUGUAUUAUUAUUUUUUCAUCAAAGUUCUUUGUGUUAAAAUAAUGGUCUCUGAGUCCUUUCUCCAGGAAUGUUCUUUAUCUUUGAAUUUUCGGAUAUAUUAUUUUUAUGUAAGUCAUGUAUUUCUUUCUUUCACAGGUGUUAUCAAUAAUAAGUAACAAUCAUUGUU